GCAGCUCCUCAUACAGAAGAGCGAGCGCUCAGUGCCGGAGGACAAAAGAGAGACAAGAUGAGACAAGCUCGUCUUUAGACUACACCUCAAAAUGUUUUUGCAGAUCUGCUCUAUUGAUAUGGUGCUUUUUUCCUGAAAGUGUUUUUGUGCACACGGCUUUAUAAAGCAUUUGCAGCCUUGGGGCAUUUUUCCAGAUUUUUUUUCUAUUUGGAGAAACAAGGAUUUUUAACUUUUAGUUUCAAGAUCUGAAAUGAUCUAAAUCAGGAAGGUUAGGAAUUUUAAAGAGGAAAGUGAUUUAGGCUCAGGGUGUAAGUUAGAGUUUUUUGUAUUGAGUAUUUUUGGCAUCUCAGGAUGGUCACUUGGUCAGUGCUUGUGCUGGCGCUCACUGCCCUGGGGGUGAGCAGCGACACAGAAAUCCGACCAGAGGUAUGGCUACAGCAGUAUGGAUAUCUUCCCCCUGGUGAUGUGCGUGCUCAGGCUAUCCGAUCCCCUAAGGCCAUUGCCUCUGCCAUCUCCGCCAUGCAGAAGUUCUAUGGCCUUACCAUCACAGGAACCAUGGACACUGAAACAAUGAAUGCAAUGCAGCGACCACGUUGUGGGGUUCCAGAUAAAUUUGGCACUGAGCAGAAGAGCAACCUGAGGAGGAAACGCUACGUCAUUCAGGGUCAGAAGUGGCAGAAGUCUGAGGUCACCUUCAGCAUCCAGAACUACACUCCUAAAGUUGGCGAGUAUGCUACUUACGAGGCCAUCCGGAAGGCUUUUAAGGUUUGGGAGUCAGUCACGCCAUUGAAGUUCCGGGAAAUUCCAUACUAUCAGAUCAGAGACAGACCUGACAAGUAUGCUGACAUAAUGCUUUUCUUUGCUGAUGGCUAUCAUGAUGAUAGCACUCCAUUUGAUGGAGAGGGAGGCUUUCUGGCCCAUGCAUUCUUCCCUGGUCCAGGAAUCGGAGGUGACACACACUUUGAUGCAUCAGAGCCUUGGACAACUGGCAAUGGUGACCAAGGAGGAAAUGAUGUUUUCCUGGUUGCAUUGCAUGAGCUGGGUCAUGCCCUGGGUUUGGAGCACUCUGGGGAUCCUUCUGCCAUCAUGGCCCCGUUCUACCAGUGGAUGGAGACUGAAAAUUAUGUGCUUCCUGAGGAUGACAGACGUGGAAUUCAGCAGAUAUAUGGUUCUCGGUCAGGACAUGUGCCAAACCCUCCUGCCCCAAAACCCACACGCAAAUCUGACAGGCCCUCAGUGAGGCCUGAUAUCUGCAAAGGCCAUUUUGACACCAUCACCAUCCUGCGGGGAGAAAUGUUUGUCUUUAAGGACAAGUGGUUUUGGAGAAUGCGGGAUGGUAAACCUUUACAGGGAUACCCCAUGCUCAUCUCGCACUUUUGGAAAGGCUUGCCGGAUUCUAUCAAUGCGGCUUACGAGCGAGCUGAUGGGAAAUUUGUUUUCUUUAAAGGUGAUAAGUUCUGGGAAUUUAGUGAGGCAACUAUGGAUGCAGGAUAUCCUAAAACCUUUAAGGAGCUGGGCACAGGCCUUCCUAAAGACAGAAUAGAUGCUGCUCUCUUCUACACCCCAAAUGGACACACAUACUUUUUCAGAGGAAGCAAAUAUUACCGUUUCAACGAGAGCAGACGCUUUGUGGACCCAGAGUACCCCAAACCCAUAAAUAUGUGGAACGGAGUGCCUGAUGAUAUCAAAGGAGCUUUUAUAAACGACAAUAGAGCCUACACCUACUUCUACAAAGCCAACAAAUAUUGGAAAUUCAACAACAAACAGGUGAGGGUGGAGCCCGGCUACCCAAAGUCUAUUCUGAUCGAUUGGAUGGGCUGCAAGCAUGAGUCUACAAAGCCGGACGGAACCGAUGAAGAAGUCAUCAUCAUUGAAGUGAACAAGUCCGACGGAUUUGCAGGAGGUGCUGCAGUCAUAGUGAUCCCUCUCUUCCUGUUGGCUUGCGUGCUCGUGGUUUUGGGAGCGUUGCUGUUCUUCCGGCGCUACGGUACCCCUCGACGCCUCCUCUACUGCCACCGCUCACUACUGGACAAGGUUUAAAGAUGAACAAACAGAAUUCGAGAGAUAGGGAUUUUUUAGGGGCAAUAGCAGGGGUGCAGACAAAGGGUGUGGGGAGGGGGAUAAUGGAAGAAAAGAAAGGCUCUGCUUGGAUGGAGAUGAUAAGAACUUUGACAUUGUUUACAGGACAGCGAAAAGGAUGGAAGGAAGGAUAAAGAAGUGAAGUGACAGAAAAAGGAACAAUGCAUAUUGUUUUGGUAGUUAUUUGUACAUCUCUGCCACAAUGAUUAGACCCACGAAGGAGAGAGAGCAACAUAAAAAGAGGGAGCUCAUUAAAAUAAAAUAAAAAUAAUAUAAAUAAAAUAAAAUAAAUCUUUUUGAAUACAUUGAAAGAAAAUAAAGCACUUUUUUUUUAUUAUACCGGCCCUCCCUCUUCUUCUCUUGUAGUCUGUCUCUCCCAAAAUCCAACGACUCCAGCCACAGUGCUGUAUGAUUAAUGCCUUUGUUUCUGCUUUAAUAAAUUUCCAUCUUACCUCUGGUUUUAGCUCGUAAGCUUUUAGCCACAUAUUUUCCUCAAUACCCUUCAAUCCUUAAUAACCCUUCAGUGCCUUCAGGGAAGAUAACCCAAUUAAAAUCUAUAUUUCCACAGACAGGCUUGUAUUUAGAUGAAUAAAUAUUAACCCCUAGUGAAGGAUGUCUUCAGAUCAUACAGUACAUCUCAAAAAGUAGAGACUGCUGUAAAGGUGAAGGUAAAAGGACAAAGUUCAGGGAGGAAGUGUGGCUCAGGCUCCUAAAAUGAGCCCGGUCUUUAUUUACACCCAGAAAGACGAGCUGUCUUGCAGGUACAUCUCCAAAUAUAAAAUUUUAUAAAGUGUUUUACCAUGUAUUGUUAUUAAUGUUAUUAAUGAUUGUUAUUAUUAUAACUAUGGUUAUUGUUAUUAUUGUUCUCAAUAUUUAGUCCUUUUUUUUUUGUAGUCAUUUCAAGUCCUGCUGGACAGAGGCAUAAUGUGACUGAUAUUAACAUGACUCCCAAGGUUAAUCCACAGGAAAUAAACAUACUUUUAUGAAAUAAAUGGAAAAAAUGUUGAGGAUUUAUACAAUUUGUUAGAGAAAAGAUCAGAAAAAUACUUACAAACACCAGCCCUGUUGACAGGCCAAAGUUUGCUGUGUGUUAUUUUAGCAUUAAUGUUCAUGCGCCUUUAUAUUUAAAGAAAAAAAAAACAAAUAAACAAAAAAAAAAAUACAUCACCUCACUGGAUUUAUUGUAUUUGGAUGGUUCUUUGGAGAAAACCUUGUAUGUUUGGGUGGAGCAAAAGUUUUCAGAGAGGAAUAAACCUGAUUAUGGAAAAAAAA